AUGCUGCCGGGAUAUAAUCGAAAUGAGUGUCAGGAAAAUGAGUUUUUAAAUUACGCUGAAGUUUAUGAAAUUGAAAUUACUGAUUUUAAAUUAAGCAAUGAUCUUAUACUUCAAUACUUACAGGCUAGAUUGAAUGAUUUUUAA